CUUGAAUUUUUCGGAACCAGCCCUUAGCGGGCGACUUCUGAUUUGGAUUUUUUGUCUCGAUUUCUUGAAUUAGAGAAGGUCAACACUGACCCCUUCUAUGAUAUUGCAUGGAGUUUUCGACUUUCUUUGUUUCUUCUAUCCAUACUUAAACAGCUUAGAACGAGCGCUUUGACUGCGCUGAUCCAUGUGAAUGGAUUUUCCGUCGUUCUUGGUCCAUCGUGGUUAGUCUCAGUCAUGUGCGUAUUUUACCGGGGAAGUUCGUGAUCGUGUGAACUGAAUGCUCAGGUCUUUCUGGCAUUGGCAUCCUAAGUAUUAUAAGAAGAAGAGGCAAAGGUUUCAUCCGUUAAGUCACUCAGCCCAGAAAGCUUUAGGUAGCGACUUUUGCGCUUCGUUCGCGAUCUUUCCUUCUUUUUUCCCCGCAUCCUGUCGCCUCGCUGAAGUUCUUCACUGCCACCUAAAGCUUUUUGACGCACCAACUCAAACUCCUGGUCUUCCUGAAAGAAUGGACAGCCGAUUGGCAUAUGUAGUAGCAAGAGAGAGAGAGUAGCCUCCCGCUUGUUCAAGCAUGCAGGAUGAACAUUUCGACUUUCCGGUGGAAUGUCACUCUCUGCUCCUGCUACGCAGAUAGAGAGUGACGAACGGAGCGAUUUUCAAUAAAUUUUGGCCUGGAAUCCGGAGUUUUCUUAAGUUCGAGGACUCAUGGCUGAUGGAGUGGUCACGUUCCUGCUCAACAAGCUCUCACUGGCGAUAGAAGAAGAGGAGUAUUUGCUGAGAGGGUUCCGGGAAGAGCUCAAGCACAUAAGAGAUGAGUUGGAGAGCAUCAGGGCCUUCUUGAGGGUUGCUGAUGGGAUGGAGGAAAGAGACCCGGAGCUCAAGGUAUGGGUGAAGCAAGUCAGAGACGUCGCUUUUGACAUCGAGGAUGCUCUUGACGAGUACGCGAUUAGUCUCGCUCGCCCCCCUGAGCGUGGAGUCCGAUCCUAUCUCCAAAGGGUCACCUUCCCCUUAAAGACUUUGACAGCGCGGCGUCGAAUUGCCUACAGAAUAUUUAGUAUCAAAGCCAGAGUGUUAGGUGUAUCAGAGCGGCACCAGAGGUACCGCUACAAGUCCAGGGUAACUGAGCAACAUGGUUCAUGGUCGGCAUCCAGAGACGACACAUGGGUCGAUCCUAGAGGAAAUGCACUAUUGCUUGAGGAAUCAGAGCUGAUAGGAAUCGAAAAGCCAAGAAACCUGCUUGUGGGGUGGCUCAUCGGCGGAGAUUCGAAACUUGAAGUCGCUUCAAUAGUGGGAAUGGGUGGAUUAGGCAAGACCACCCUCGCGAAGAAAGUUUUCGAUAGUGCAGCAGUUAAGAAUCAUUUCGCUAGUCAUGCUUGGGUUGCGGUCUCAAGAUCAUUUGACGUCGAAGAUCUCCUGAGGGAUAUGAUAGAGCAACUGUUUGAAGAGAUGAAGCUACCAGUUCCCCAUGGAGUAAGCACCAUGAAUGUGGACAGGUUGAAGGCAUUUAUCAAUGCGGUCCUCAGGCAAAGGCGGUAUUUGAUCGUUCUUGACGAUUUGUGGAGCUCUCAGGCAUGGGAGUUUAUACAAUUUGCAUUACCUAGGAACUUCUACGGUAGCCGGAUUAUGGUCACGACCCGUGUUGCUGAUGUAGCUUUAUGUUGUUGCAUCGAGUCACCAGACCGAGUCUAUUACUUGCAACCUCUGGCUCCUCAAGACUCUUGGGUUCUGUUCUGCAAGAGAGCUUUCCCAGGAAAUUCAUGUCCUCCUCACCUGGAAGACAUCUCGUGGCAGAUUUUAGCUCAGUGCGGCGGAUUACCCCUUGCGAUUGUUGCUAUUAGCGGUGUCCUAGCUACGAGGGGCACGAGUAGAGUGGACGAAUGGGAAUCCAUUCGGCACAACCUCAGCCAUGAAUUACAAGGUAAUGAUAGACUUAUCAAUCUACGGAAAAUAUUGUCACUCGGCUUCUCCGAUUUGCCUUACUACUUGAAAUCUUGUCUCUUGUACCUGAGUGUUUUCCCUGAGAACCAUAUAAUCGGGCAUAAUAGGCUCGUCCGUCUGUGGAUCACCGAAGGAUUCGUGGAGGAGAACGAAGGCGAAACAUUGGAAGAAGUUGCAGAGAGGUACCUCCAUGAGCUUCGUAGCAGAAGCUUGAUCCAGGUUGCUAGAGUAACCACUGAAGGAAGGAUCAAUGCUUAUUGGGUACACGACAUCUUAAGAGAGAUCCUGCUAACAAAGACGAAGGAUCAAAACUUUGCCAAGGUUUCCAAUCCAAUGACUGCAAAGUGUUCUGGUGAUGCUCGACGCCUUGCCAUCCAUUGUAGCUUGGCCAAUACACAAUUGAGCAAGAUCAAUGCUGUCCGACUCCGCUCUCUGCUCGUGUUUGGGGUGCCAGAUUUGCCAGCCAACUCAUCCUUAUUAUUGUCGCUUGGAAACGAGUUUAAGCUGCUUGAGGUGUUAGACCUGACGGACGCCCCUCUUGAUGUUUUCCCGAACGAGAUUGUCAGGUUAUAUCAUUUGAAGCAUUUAAGCUUGCGAGGGAAGAAGAUAAACAGGAUUCCAAGCACAAUUGGGAACCUACAAAAGCUUGAGAUUCUGGACCUGAAGAAUACCUUUGUGUCGGAGUUGCCUGCUUCUAUCCAAAGGCUACGACGCCUGAGACAUCUCUUGCUCUACCGGUACGAAGUGGGUUUGGACCUGUAUUAUCGCAAGUACGGCUUCAGAGCAGGUGCCAGAAUUGGUGGCCUGGUUUCGCUGCAAAAGUUGUGCUGCAUCGAGGCAGACAGAGAAAAUCGAGUGAUCAUGGACAUUGGGUCCAUGAAGCAGCUCACAAAAUUGAACUUGAGAAACUUGAGGAGGGAAGAUAGGAACGCCUUGUGCUCCUCAAUCCAGAACUUGAGCAGACUCCAAGUGCUAUCAUUAUGCUCGGUCGAUCCGGCUGAGGUCAUCGACAUCGAACAAUUGACUCCACCGCGUUCCUUGCAACGGCUAUACUUGGAAGGGCGUCUAGAGAAAUUACCAUCCUGGACUUCUUCCCUCUAUAGCGUGGCGCGAUUGUAUUUGCGCCAUAGCCGGCUACAAAACGACCCGCUCGAGUCCCUAGAGGCUCUGCCUAACCUCGUGGAGCUUCAGCUCGGCGAUGCUUACGAAGGGGAGUCACUGUGUUUCAGAAGAGGCGGAUUUCCGAGGCUGAAGCUGCUGUGGCUGAUCAAGUUGAAGAAUCUAAAGUGGGUGACAAUGGAGGAGGACACGAUGCCAAGCCUUGAGAAGCUAACUCUGCGCCGAUGCGAGUCGUUGAAGGAGAUGCCGCCUGACAUCGAGAGGCUUUCUAGCCUGAAAGUGAUCGUGUUCGACGGCAUGCCCGGGGAACUCUUCGCGAGGCAGAACCCGGCCAGAGACGCGAAGCCUUCACAUUUGUCGAAAGUUUUUGUCAAUGAUGGGCUUUGGACGAGGUAUGUAUAGAGGACAGAACAAUUUAGGAACAAUUCAAGAAUCUGAGAUCAGGCAUGUAAUAACGACUUACUAUAUAGUUGGUGUACUU